CUGACUAACAUGAAUCAGUUGCAAAAUUUGUUGCACGACACUCUUAUUGCAACAGGACAUGUCCAACAAUGCGCUCUGAUUAAACGCAAAGACGCGUCACUGAAAGCGAGCUCGGUUGGUUUCACGGUUGAACAUGACCAGGCAAAGCAGCUGGUGGAAUCAUUCAAGGCACCAACUGAUCUUCGUGGUUCUGGUCUUUUGUAUUGUGGAAUUCGCUACAAAUGUGUUCGAACGGAUAAGAAUUCAAUUUAUGCCAAACAUAAUGACACUGGAGUCAUCUUGGCAAGAACAAGCUCACUGAUUAUCAUUGGCACUUAUUCUACAACCAUGCAUCCAAGCAUUUGUGUCGCUGCCGUUGAGAGGCUAGCUGAUUAUUUCAGAGACAAGUCUAAGUAGUCAAUUCCAAAAUGGAGACCUACAUAAGCAACUAUCAAUAUAGAAGGUCUGAUGUUUUGUUUCUAUUUAAUAGAAUAGGACUUCGGUAGAUUCUUUCGAGUAGUUGAAUGAAGAAUUACUGUCAAUCAACUUCAUUCAAGGACAAUUAACAUGAGUGAUAUUUUAAAUUAAUAGCCAGUAUAGUACUAGUACUAGUCAUUCAUACAAUCCUUGUGUGGUGUCGAAUGGCUUUUGA